AACGGCGUCGGUUCUUUAAACAUUCGCUGAAACGUUCGGGUUGGUGAAAGUGAAAUUGGCAAUUUCAAUUGAAGCACUAAAGCAUAAAUUGUAGAAAGUUUUUAAUUUUCAUGAUGAAUCCUCUAUAUACUACAAGACUGUAUACGCCAAUGCCUUGCGGUUUUCGUCAACAUCGAGGACAGCAUCACUAUUCUGUAAUUGUGCCAAACCGAAUCUAUGUGGGCGACUUAAAAGAUGAUAUUGGAUGUAGCGAGCUAAUACAAAUUUUUUCCGCUCAUGGACGUAUUAAAACGGUCAAUCUUGUAACUAACGCAGAGGGAUUUAGCAAAGGCUAUGGUUUUGUAACUUUUGAAAAUGCAGAUGAUGCAAAAAAAGUUCAAGCGUUUAAGAAAAUUGUGUUAAUUGGUAAUAGAACACUUACUAUUGCUAGUGCUUUUCGAAAGUGUCAAUAUUGUCAAAGUCAUAUUUCUCAGUCAACCUCGGCAGUAGAACAUGCACGUUCAGGAGCACAAUCUGUUGCUCAGACUCGCUCAACAGUAAACUCCAUUGACUUGUAUAAUAUUCCAUUUGUGUCAUAUACCGGAAAAGGUGGUAAUGCUGGUCAAUUAGAUUCAGACGCAUAUCCAUCAGCGUUACCAACUGCUGGCGAGUUUGGAAUGUUUGACCUACCAACAAGUGCAUCAGAUCCAAUGUUUCCAACAUCGGCUGCAACAAGACUUUAUCCAAUAAAUUUGCGAUACUCUCAAAAUCCUGUAGAAAAUAUGUCAGCCGUGGUACAAGUCGAACCACCUGUGCUAUCGAAUCGCUAUGUAAUGACAGGCGUCAUUCGUGGAUAUGGACAUGAAAGUCACUACAUAGUUCUACAGGCUGUAUAACUUGACUAACUAACAUUUUUUUAAAUACGUAUACGAUGUAAUUUGAGUUCGCCUGAAGA